AUGAUAUGGAAUUUAAAAUAUCUUUCAUCUCUCCGAGAUGAUCGCAGUAAGAAUCUUAAAAGGUUCAUAUCGCAUUAUAAAUCUAACAUAAAAUGGAAUAACAUAGAAGUUUCUAAAGCCUGGGAUUAUUUUUUGUCAAUUAAUAAUCAAUUCGUUGAAUGCGAAUCAUUAUUUUCUGAAAUAAUACACGGAUCAUCCUUUUUAUCAUUGGAUAAAUCAAAUGAUGAAGAAGAAGACCAUGAAUUAAAAUCUGUUAUUUUGGAUAAGCCUAAGGAUAUCGAUUUUUUGACAUCCAAUGAACUGGAUGAUCUUAACAGAUUGAUACGCACAUUCAUUGAUUUGAGUGUUCCAUACUUCAUGACCAGAGAAUUCGAACACUUGAUUGAUUAUUUGAUUUACAAAUACAAUAUCGCAGUUACAUUUUCAGAGUAUUUGAUAGUAGCGUACAUUCAGUACAACUACUCGGAAUACUAUUGUAAAUUAUUAUCGCUAUUUAACAUAAGGAACGAGAGCACGUUUCAUUCAUUUUAUAAUGAAAUAAAAACUGCAUCAAUGAAUUUCACGGAGCAUAAAUAUAUUACGUCGAAUGUAGUCUUUUCUGGAAUCGCAAAAAACUUUAUUUUUUAUAAACAAGUGUCCUCGUGUUACGAUAGAUUGGCACGAGUGUGUGCAGUGAAUACGAACAUUGUGUCCUUUUUGAACGCAGUAAAUUUGCACUACGUAGUCGUUAACAGUAAAGUGAUGGACAACAAUGAAAUAAGAUACGUAGUCAACAUGAUAAAGGAGGCGUUAUCUAUGGAGCAGGUCGGUGAGUACACAAGUUCGUAUCUAUGCGUACUAAUCACGGCCUUUACGCACAUUCAAUUCACACUUGUCGUUCAAAGAGAACUAAUAGCAUCAUUGAAAGGAAUUUUGGCAAUUAUGAGGGAUUUGGAUGCUUUAAAAAUAGAUCAUCUCGUCGUUUUCAAGUACAUCGUAAUGUCAAUACACCUGACGCUACAGUACCAGAAGCAGACGUUAGACAAACUACCGCAAGAUAUUACUAACUCAAUAAUUGGUAUAUUACAAAAACACGAAUCAGUAAACAUAGUAUUAAAUAAUUUGAAGAAGAUUAAGGGCCUUAACUUAUCAAGAACAAUAAACGUCAUUAUAAACUCUCUAGUCAGCGCAACAUUAGGAAACACGGACAUUCAAAAAGAUUUGACAGUUUAUGGAAACAAAUCUAAAAUCCAAGCCAUGGAUAAAAUAACAUUCUUUCUAGAAUUUGUAAAUGAGUCGUUUGACUCAAGCUGUAUGAAGAUGAUAGUAUUUAACCUGAUAGAUGAGGUUAACAGGAUCAGCUCGCACUUCAGAAGUCACGGAGAGUCAAUCAUUGAAUUUGAUGAAAGCAGAAUGAUAGUUAAAAUAAACAGUGACCACAAGUUUGGAUCAACGUUGCUCAUAAUUGAGCAAAUGUUUAAGGUCGUUAAGAAGAUUAAUCCGACGGUGUUGGAGUACACGAUCAUGGAAUACGUGAAUAGACUUAGCUUUGAAAUGAUACAGGAUCAAAUGGAGGUUAUAAUGUAUAUAUUCAGAUCACUAUCAGAGGAUAUUGUGUUUAGAAUGGUGAUCCUAUUGAAUAAGUAUUCAGACUCGUCAUCUGAUUAUAAAUGCUAUGUUAAAAAGGUAUAUAAUGGAGUUGGGGGUAUUAAAAUGAUGUUGAAUAUGUUUGGAUUGAUCGAUUAUAAAAUGAGUAACAUUUACAAGGAUGAUAGGAUAUUCACAUCUUUGGUAGAGUUUAUUGUAUCAAUGUACACAAAGACUGAUUCACACAGUGCGGAAUUGAAUCGUUUAGUGUUCAACUUCAUAAAUAAUUCAAUGGAUGACGAAGGGUUAUCGAAGAAAUUGGAAUCUGAAGAUAGAUUUUGGAAAUCAGUUCCAGUUAAAAUAGCAACAGACGCAUUGGAAUAUCAUAUACAGUCACUAAUAGAUAAAGUAGAUAGGUCGUUUAAAUACGAUACGGAAGACAAAGUAAAUUUUGAAACUGUUGAUUUUAAGGUUAUCUGGACUAAGGAUUAUCAAUUAAUAUUUGAUAAAUAUAUUAGUCAUAUAUCAAAUUCUAAAGAAAUUGAGAGGAUAUUUAAAGUGUGUAAUUUAAUAGUAAAGAAUAAUAAGGAAUCUAUUUUUGACAAUGAUGAAAUACAUAUAAGUAAAUCUUUAAGAAUGUUUAUUAGGUUUCUAAUAUUAUUAAUAGGAAAUAAAAAAGUUGAUUUUGAUAAAGAGAUUAAUUAUUUGUUGGAAUAUACACAUGGAAUAUCUAACCAGCUUUUAUUUGAUUUGAAUGAAUUGAUUCAAAUUAAUAUUGAUGUUGUCAAUGUGUUGACUAAGGAUAUACUAAAUAAUAAUAAUAUAACUGAUGUUGAAAAUGAAGAUGGAAAUGAAUAUUCGGAUGACUAUUAUGGAUAUAUUUCAUCAUCAAAUAGGAUAAUAUUCAACAUAUUCUCAACACUGUAUUAUCAAUAUGAAACAUUAGAGUUUACAUGUAAGAGUGAUGAAAAUGUUGAAUUGUUGCACAGUCAAUUUGUAAUAAUAAGAGAUUUGGUUAUAAAAUACGUUAGUUACAACGUCGAUAAACAAAAUAUUAAACAAUAUGUAAUUGACUUUUACAAAUUCAUGAUGUGUAAAUAUGAGUCGAUGUUAAUGAUGAAUUAUAAUCAAUUCAAUGAAUUAUUAGUAAUUAAGAGCAUGGAGACAAUACUAGUGAAUAAACAAUUGAAGUCAUUUUUCAUACAGACAUUUUCAGAAUUAUUGACAAGUACAAAUUUUAAAUUAUGUACCAACACUAACUCGCAUUCACAAAUUAUCAACAGCAUCAUUGAUUUAUUAAGAAUCACUAGUACUAAAAGCUCUAGUGUAUCAUUUUCAAUAACUUAUUACACUGAUAACAAUGAUAGAUUGAUAUUUGAAGUUAAUGUACCAAUGAAAUACAAGCACAAACACGUUAAUGUUGACUUUGUUAAUCUUAUUAGAGAUAGUCACAUAAAGAAUCUUAUAUCAGACAAUACUAAAAUUAUGAAGAACUUUGAUAUUAAUUAUUCAAAUGAUAUAACCAAUGGUUUGCUAAAUAGAAAAUACAAUCGAUCAAUAGCAUUAUUUGAUACUUUAAACGAUGAGUUGAUUGAUGGUAGUAUAGAGGUUAUUUUGAGUAUAUUUAAAAUGAAUAAGAAUUAUGAAUUGUAUGGUCAUAUAUUAAUGGAUGUGGUUAUUAACACACUUGAAUUAAUAUUUGACACAUCAUUUAAAUACUCAACAAAGAUGUUAAAGAUGUUGAUUGAAUUAGGUAGAUUUUGUCAAAAUACGAAGCUUCAUUUGAGUGAAUUAGAGAUGCCAAUACCAUAUAGUAAACAUAUAGAAAACAAAUCACAUUAUAAAUAUAAAGUAGAUAUUAAAUAUGAUAUUAAGAUGUUAUUGAAUCGUGUAUUAACUUCUAAUACCAAGGUUGAGACGAUUGAUAAUUUUAGUAAUGUGAUAUCUGAAUAUUUGACUAAUGAUGAGGAUUUUUUUAAUUUGUUAAUAUCAAAGGUAUUUAUAACAUCAAAUGCCGUAUAUAACAUGGAUUUUUAUCAAAAACUAUGUUCAAUGAUGGGUGAUUGUGAUCAUGAACUUGAUUUGUUGUUUACAUUUUUAGAAGGAUUGACUCGUGAUUUAUAUAACUUAUUGAAUGGUGACAGUAAGGAUGUUGAAUUUAUUGUAAGAAGUUUUCAAGAAGUUUUUACAAGGUGUUCGUUGUUGAUGUUGGCAUUAAGUAAAAUGAAUAAGUUAAAAUCGAAUAAUAACUUGGUUAAGUACGUAGAACAUUGUGCUCAUCUUUUAAACAUUUGUACAAUGUUUAAGUCGAUAACCAAAGAUGUAAAUAACAAAUUCGAUGGAUCAAUUGAAUAUAAUAAUGAGAUAUCGGAAAUAAGCAUUAUGGUUAACAAUUCAUUUAUUACGUUUGAAAAGGUCCCAUUUGUUUUACUGUAUUCAUUGAAUAAGCAAACCAUAUGGAUAUUGCCAAUAAAAAGUAGGAAUCGAUUUUAUUAUUCAUUUGCAUUAUAUUACAAUGAAUUAAAGCCGAAUUAUCUCUCAACAUUAAUAAAGCAUAUGUUUGAUAUAAGUGGAGUUGAUGAUAAGGUUGUCCUAGGAUUCGUAUAUAACAUAUUCUCAAGUUGUUACAGUGAAGAAGUACUGGUAUACAUUAUUAAUAGUAUAAAAUCACUGAAGACAUAUGAUAUAUUAAUAUAUAUGAUAAAAAAGAAUAUUAACAUUGAUAUUAGUGUAAAGAUAAGCUUGGUGUGUAAGAUUGUUAAUAAUGUGUUGGUGUCAACAGAAAUGGAAAAUAAGAAGAUACAAUUGUUUUUGUUUGGACACAUGAACGAUUUAAUCGACGUUUAUUUGAAGAUAAUAUGUGAUUAUACUAAUAAUAAAACUGGUAACCAAACUAAUGAUUUCUAUGGAAAAUUAGUUGAUACAAAACUUGAUAAUGAAUUGAAAUCUUUGAAUAAGUAUUUGGAUCAAAAUAACGACGAUGAUGUCAAGAAAUAUAAACUUCAAGAAAAGUUUAUUCAACACAUAAAUAAUAAAAGAUUUAAACAUAAAAUAAUUCAAAUUGAUGAUGAUUUGAUAAUAUCGUUGCUUACAUUAAUUUUAAACCUGCUUAAUGCAAUGAUUGAUAACAUUUACAGAAUGGAUUUGGAUAAUAUGAACGCAAUGAAUAAAAUGUAUAAUAAAUUGUACCAUAACAUUUGCACAUUGAUUAAUCAUACAAUUAUUAAGAUUGGCCAUUCAUACAAAUUAAUGACGAAGUUGAUUAAUAACUUGAUAGUAUGUAGUAUUAAAAUGACAAUAGAUUCAACAUCGAUCUCAUCUGAACAAAAAAUUAGAGCAACUGUUAUUGUUACAAUAAACAACAUUCUGGCAGUUGGCACAUCAGGGUUUAAUGGAGAAUUAGUAGAAAUGUUGAUUGAUGAAAACAAAGUCUCAUUUCCCGAUGAAAAUAUAAGUGUAUCAUGGAUGUCAUACUUAAUAUAUUUGUAUUUCAUCUGUAUCAAUAGCAGGGUUUAUGAUAUCAGUAUGACUAAAGGAAAUGUGCUAUUAAAUAAUGAGAAUGUUGAUGAUUUAUUUUACAGUCGAUACUCUAAAAUUAGUAAUAUUUUAAACGCAUAUGAUCAUUGGAUUAAUAUACUGUACACUUUGAUAUGGAUUCAUCAAGUAAUGGAAUUUGAUCCCUUCAAUAAACAAGGGUUACAAAUAAACAAGUUUAAAGGAUAUGAAUCAUGUAAUAUGACGCGUACGAAUAAAAACAGAGCUGAAAACAUUGACUAUUAUCUGGGAAUUCAGUUAUACGGAUAUGUUUCAUACUAUAUUCGAAACAACAGGAAAUUGAAUAUCAACAUUGAUGUUGCGUUCUUUAAUGAUAGGAAAAGUGAAAACAGAAGAAUUUAUACUGAGUUUAAUGAACUAUUAUAUUCAUUGUUAUCAUCAAUGGUAUUGUAUAAAUACUAUGAUGAUAUUAAGGAUAAUAAGCAUGUGAAGUCGAAUGAAUUGAAUACUAUUGAGACGAAUAGUGAUGUCGUAUCGUUGAUAAACGUCAUUUCAAGUUCAAUUUUACACAUAUUCAAUAUGAAUCAACAUGGAGGAUUUAAUAUUCACAUCUUUGGAACACUAAAUGCCAUGUUUGAAAACAUAUUGGAAGAAAAAUUGAAAUCAAUUGAAUCAUAUGAAAACGUAUGGGAUAACAUUACGAGUAAUGACGGAAACUAUCAUUAUCAUUUACGCAUAGUAUCAACGCUGAUGAGUAUACAGAACAAUUUUAUGUCAUCCACCAAACUAAAGGAUAAUUCGAUUAAGUUAAAGUAUGAAAGAGAAUUUGAAAAAUUACAUGAUAUUUCAUCAAGAAUAUUGUUUGAUAUGUUUAAGUAUUCAGAGAAGAAGUACAUGAAUAACCAGAAUGAGUAUUUGUUUAAUGAAAUAAGUCAGAUGAAAGCAGAUGUGUGGGAGUACAUUGUUAAUAUUCCACCCAAAUCAGUAGAUUCGUUCAUUCAAAUAUUAGAAAACUCAUUUGAGUUGGUAAAGAAUCAUCAUCAGAAUAACGGAAAGGUGUUAUGGAGUUAUUUGGAUAUGAUAUACUCAUUGAAGGUAUUAAUAAAGAUGUGUGUCGCCUCAGAUCAACAAAAAAGAAAUUCAGAUGGUGGUAAAAACAUUGGUAAUUUUAUUAAACAAGUUGGUGUUAACGAAGACAAACAAAUUGGUGGAAUUGAAACUACUAAGCUUAUAGGAGCAAUAGAAAUUAGCGAUUCUUGUUCACUAAAUUACGGUAGUCAGAAAGGUGAUUUAUAUGCUAAUAUCAGUAAUUUUGGAAGCUGCUAUAAAGUUGAUACCAAUAAAAUGAUGUCGACGAUAAAGAAGUUUAAGGAAGUUUAUGAGCAAUUGCUGUUACCAAAAAUAUUAGUAGGCGAUUUUGUAAAUAAGAUUCUUUUACUGUUCUUACUAAUGUCACACAAGUACUGCAAAUCACUACUGAAUAAGGAGUUUUAUGAAUUCUCAUUGAAUAUAAUUAUAAAUUAUAAUGUUAAAUCAAGCACUUCAAAUAUCAUGAUAUUUGAUGACGAAGAUGAUAUUAUUCAAUAUGGAUUUAAGGAAUACCUUGCUUUGAACAUUGGAGAAUGUGUUAAUCUUAUAACUGAAUCAUCGACUAGAAGAUUUAAAUAUUUUAAUACAGAUUUGCUGGUAUCAAUUGCAUUAUACUACACCGGUAUUAAGAUUGAUAUUAAGGUGUUGAUUAGAUCAAUAUAUUCAGUUUAUACUUUGGAAACUGACAGUGUCGUUCAUAAUACUAUCUGCUCCAAUGAAACUAGUGUCACCAAAAAAACUAAGAGAUCAAGUGAUUUUAAAAAUAAGAAAACAUCCAGAUCAUUAAAAGUAAAAAACGUUACUUCAUCAUCAACACCAAAUUCAAAUACGAAUGUUUCAGUGUCAGAAGAACGGGCUGAAUCAAAAUCUGACAGAUAUGAAUCGAUUGUAUAUAAAUUAACUAUAUUGCUAUUAAGUCUCUCGUAUAACAUAAAAUAUAAGAAUCCUAAGAGUAAAUACAUUGAAGAUUUGAACGACAUAUACUUUAUAGUAAUUAACUUUUACUCAAAGUGGUCAUAUAAGAUACUAUUUGGAGAAUCUUCAAUUGAUUCGUUCAAAGAAUACAACAGGUCACAUUUUAGUAUAGAGGAUACCGUUGAAGCAUCGAGAAAGAUGAGCACAUCAUUCUUUAUUAAAAAGACACCAAUAGAACUGAUAUCGCACUUUGAAAGAUCGUUUAUAUCAUUUAUUCUAAGGUAUUUUGGACUUAUAUCAUCAAAUAAGCUACUGGAUGUUUUGGAGAAGCAAUCAAAGAUGACAACAUUAAAAGAUGAAUUUAGCUCAAAUGAUAAUACAAAACACAUAAUUGAGUCUGAUUUGAAGAAUAGAAUUCUUUUCAUAGUAAUUUUGUCGUCGCUUCAUGAAUAUGGAAACCUGGGAGCAACCAAUUUGAUAAUGACGAGGCUAUAUCAGCAAUUAGAAGAUAUAUCUGCGUACAGUAUGUCUGAAGCAAGAUUUAAUCGCACUUCAGUUGAAAAGGUAUCAUAUCAUAGACACAAUUUUGAGCACGAACUUUCAUUUGAUAAUACGUGGACUUGGUUUAACAAUUGCAGAUUUAUGUUAGAACUGAUUCAUAAAUCAAUCGAUACAUGGAAUGCUCAGCGAGGAGUUGUUCCUGAUGUAAUUGUAAACAGCUGGGUCAAAAUAAUAAAACAGAUCAUCGCAUUAUUUGACCUCUUGCCAAUUAACGCAGAUAUAGAGGUUGACAAUGUAACUACAGCAUUCUCAAAAUCACUUGAAAACACAAUGAGAAGUUUAGUAAACGGAUUUAUAACACAGGACGAUAAGAUCGUUAAACUCGAGUCGUGCUUGUCUGAUCAACUGCAAACUAAAACACUUAAUGUUAAGAUUGGAUCACUUGUUAUCAUGAAGAAACUUUGGGAUGACCUGGGAAUUAAUUUAUCAGUUACAAUAAAGAAUGUUAUGCCGAUAAUUGGAGAGCUGGUGGACGACGAAAAUGACAUUGUAAGGAGGCUAGCGCUAAAACUAGAUGAGAAAGUGAAGGAAGUAUUAUACCAAAGCUAA